AUGCCCGGAAUCGCCUUCUACGAGGCCUCGGGGGCCGUCUUCGCCAAGGGUCUCAAGACCAUGGACGCGAUCCUGACCAAGGCCGAGGCGCACGCGGCCGAGCAGGGCGUCGACGCCGAGACGUACCCGGGCGAGAAGCUGGUCGAGGGCAUGCUGCCGCUGUCGUUCCAGGUCCAGGUCGUGUCCAACACCACCAAGAAGUGGGUCCAGCGCAUCACGGGGGCCGAGCUCCCCGAGUGGGAGGACAACGAGACCACCAUGGCGCAGCUGCACGCCCGCGUCAAGAAGACGCUCGACCUCCUGGCCACCGUCGACGCCACGGCUGUCAACGGCAAGGAGGACAAGGUUGUCGAGCUGCAAAUGGGCAAGGCCGGCUCGAGGAACCUGCCCGCCAAGGACUACACCUUCAACUACGCCAUCCCGAACUUCUUUUUCCACCUGCAGACCGCAUACGCGAUCCUGAGGGCCAAGGGCGUCCCACUGGGCAAGAGCGACUAUCUUGGACCUUUCCUUGGCUGA